UUCUUUCUUUGUCAACAAACAUAACUUUUUUUCUCUAUUGUCUCUUUCCAGAUCUGCACACUGAUUCAUGAACAGUGUGCUCCAUUACCCUACUGCUCUAUUUCUUAACUUACAUAUUCAACCAACACUAAAAGAAAGCGACUUUUAUUACUUUUUAAGUCAAUAAAACAAGUUGGAUAUGGCAGAAAGAAAGGUGAAGGAAACGUUGAAAGACGAUGUGAUUCCUUUCCAAGUCCAUCCCGACGAUGCAAAAGACAAAGUGUUUAUGGCUAUCUUGAGAGCCCUUUUAAAACUCAAAAACGUUCCUAGCUCUCCCAAAGAGUUGGCAAACACAAUUAUUCAGCAUAAUUAUACAAUACUUGGUGGUCAAACACCAUUUGCAACAGUAUCUUCUCGGAUCUCACAGCAUUUUAAACGAGCUGCUAGUCAUAACCCACCAAGGAAACCAUUAUUAGUGAAGCAUGUACACCAGAGCAAUAUCAGAAAGAUCAGUUAUUCUAUAGCAACCAUAGAUCAAGAGGAAGAAAGUCCGAUGAACAAAGAGCAUGAAAUUCUUACGCGGACCUCUAAUUCAUCUUUAGAGGCGGAUGAAAACGAUGAACAAGACAUUGCAGCAGCAAUAGCAAUCACUAAAUUGGCUCAACAACCUAUACAUCCAACAACAAUAGAACAAGAAAUCCAUUGGAAACAGGAACAUACCGAUUCAAAGGCAAAUGUAGUCUAUUCAACUGAUAUUUUAUCAAGCGAACCAACCAAUACAAACGUGGAGAACAAACAAGAAACAAUGACUUGGACCAUCAAAGGGCAUACAUUCACACUUACAAGAAAAUGGCUGGGGGAUUUGGAAUUUUAUGAGCUAGAUUCACCCAGUGAUAUUCCAAAUACCAAAGUAUCAAGGUUUUCAUCCAAUUCAAAACCAAGCUAUAGUUAUGUCAAUGCUACACAAUUAAGGAAAGCAGCUAUUCCUGUACUUGGAGAAGGUACGUUUGAUUCCGAAGAUGAAAAGCAAGAGGGAAGAGAUGUACUUGUUGUCUCAAAAGGACCUUUUGAUACGCAAGGCGCAUGGGUUCCUCUGGAUAGAGCAAGAGAAUUGGUAGAAGAAUUCGAGAUUGAGAGUUCACCUGGGUAAAACUCAAUAUGAUAACACAAGCGUCGAACUGUUUCCAAUACAGAAACAAGUCGAAUCAUCUUCCAAUACAAAAAGACAUAUUCGAAUUGCGCCUUCUACAGAAAAACCAGUCAAUAUCGCUAAUGAACCCCUUCAAAGCUUGAACAUGACAGCCAUACAGCAAAUCAUCAUGGCAAUACCCCAUUUAGUACAGAACUCAA